ACCAUUGAAAAUAAUAACAUUCGAAGAGCAAUGGUCAACUUCGUUUGUUACUGGACGUUUUUAAUUCUGGUGGCCGUUUCAAAGGCUCAGGACGAGGAAACUUCUUCGGUUGCCACAGCUUCAGGUGAAUUGACUGAGAAAAAGUGUAACACAUCGAGGGAUGACUGCUGUUCUGAGCUUUAUAUAGGGGAAGAGGAGGACCUGGUCAAGUGCUUCGUUAUACACUCACCCAAGCUGCCAGCGGAUGGAGACGCUGACGUCGGCAAGACCCUGAGGUUUCUUUCGUGCUUUGUGGAGUGCCUGUACAAGCAAAAGAAGUACAUUGGCAAGAGCGAUACUAUCAACAUGAAGAUGGUCAAGCUGGAUGCAGAAAAGACCUUUGUGGAUCGGCCCAAGGAGAAGGAUUAUCACAUUGCCAUGUUCGACGUCUGCCGCAAGGAUGCAGUCGGGAUCUACAACCUGCUGAAGGCCAGUCCUGGGGCCAAGGUGCUCCUAAAGGAAGCGUGUCGUCCCUAUCUCUUGAUGGUGUUCAUGUGCAUCAGCGAAUACCAUCAGAAGCACGAGUGCCCCUACUUCCGGUGGGAGGGCACUGCGAAGGCAGGAACUAAGGAUCUGUGCGAAAGUGCCAAGGCCGAAUGCUAUCAAAUUGAUGGAAUUACACUGCCCACAAAGAGUCCUGUCUAAAAAUACACUUCUCAAAAAGCAAGUGAAUUUAAAAACUCAAAAAUGUCAUGUAAUAAAAUUAAGCUCAUAAACGCA